AUGAUUAAAUUGGUUAGUUUAAUAAAGGGGGCUUCAUCAUUUAAAAAUUCCGGGUCCUUUCAUUUAGGCAUACAUAAAUCCGCAAAUAUGGCUUUUUGCGGAUUUAAAGGAAAAAUCCGUACAAAUAGUUUUACGUUGCGGACAAAAUUUGCGGACUUCCUCACUCCUUUCAUAAGCAAAUUUCUCAGUUAUUCUUGUGUUAAUGCAGCAUGUCAACAUUUAACAGAAUUUUAUGUGCCAGACAAUACUCCAUAUUUAUUAGCCGAAUCAAGCAGAAUUCUCACUCCAGAGUAUAGACCAACAGAAGCGGAUGUAAUACAUGCAAGGGCAUCGACAACGGGUGUUCAUGAAAUUUUCUUCAGUUUUCGCCGUUUUGGCAUCAGGCUCAUUGAUGUUGGCGGCCAAAAAACAGAAAGGAGAAAAUGGAUUCAUUGUUUUGAUAAUGUUUCUGCAAUUUUGUAUGUAAUCUCCCUUUCCUGUUAUGACCAAUUUUUAGAAGAGGAUCCAUCAAUAAAUAGAAUGGAUGAUUCUAUCGAAUUAUUUAGAGCCAUGUUUUACAAUCAAUUCCUUUUUAAAUGUUCUUUCAUCCUUUUCCUCAACAAAAAAGAUUUAUUUGAGCAUAAACUGCGUUAUGUCCCUUUAAAAAAAUUUUAUCCGCUAUUUGAAGAAUGCCUAGUAAAUAUCACAAUAGAUGAUCAAUAUGGAGAAGCUGUUGAAUUUAUCAAAAAAAUGUUUAUGAAUGUGAAGGAGCCAGAAAGUAACAGGCAUAUUUAUGCACACGUUACAAACGCUACGGAUACAAAAAAUAUUGAAUUUGUGUUUGGUGCAACCUGUGAUAUUGUUUUACAAAAAAAUUUAAGCAAAGCUGGAAUGACUUGA